GGGGUGCCCCAGAUGUAAAUCCGACCCAUUUCGUACGACAUCGUUUCCUUUCCCCUAUCACCAUUAAUAAGCUUCCCAGAUUUGAAUGAAUAGCAAUCAAUCCGCUGAGCGUUGACAGUUGAGAAUCAAAGAAUGUGAUACUGUUGACUGUUCUGUGGCAGAUCUAAUAAGUUUUAAAGCUUUUUGAAGUGCUUCAAUGGCUGGAGUUUUAUCUGCUCUUAGACGUGUAUAUCUCACCCUUUACAAUUGGACUGUCUUUUUUGGAUGGUUUCAAGUGUUUUAUCUUGCUGUGAAAACACUGAAAGAGUCAGGGCAUGAACAUGUUUAUGAUGCUGUAGAAAAGCCUCUGCUUUUAGCUCAAACCGCUGCCAUUUUAGAGAUUCUUCAUGGUUUAGUGGGUCUGGUAAGAUCUCCAGUAUCAGCUACUCUUCCACAGAUAAGUUCAAGAUUAUAUGUAACCUGGGGUAUUUUAUGGAGUUUCCCUGAGCUCCGGUCUCAUAUACUUGUCAGUUCUCUAGUGAUUAGCUGGUCUAUAACGGAGAUCAUCCGAUAUUCAUUCUUCGGGACAAAAGAGGCAUUCGGUUCUGCACCUUCCUGGCUCUUGUGGCUAAGGUAUAGUACUUUCAUGUUGCUGUAUCCUACUGGCAUCACAAGUGAAGUUGGUUUAAUAUAUAGCGCCCUGCCUUACAUCAAGGGAUCUGAGAAGUAUUCUCUUAGGAUGCCAAACAAAUGGAACUUCUCUUUCGAUUACUAUUAUGCAGGACUUGUUGCCCUCGGUAUCUAUGUCCCAGGUAGUCCUCACAUGUAUGGUUACAUGCUCGGACAGAGAAAGAAAGCUCUCUCCAAAUCGAAAAAGGAGUAGACUUGAUCAAGAUCUAGCUAUUAGGGAUUGUAUUUUUGCAAGUGAUUUAUUCUGAAUCAAUGUAUUGCAUCUGUUUUCAUGUUUAUUUUAUUGAUUUAAACAAUAGAACAAUUUGCAUUUCUCUUCUAAAAACCUAGUGGUUUAAUGAAAAAUCACUUACAGAU